AUGUUCAAAAUCCCAACACUCAUACUCCUCCUUGCCUGCCACACGCUAAGUGCCGAUCUCCGGGAGAUCUACCGAUUCCCCAAUGGAACAUGGAUCGAAAACAUCGCAGCUCGAACAAACGGCAACCUCCUUGUCACGCUAAUUAACAAGCCAGAGCUGUGGCAGAUUAACCCCUGGACUCGAUCUGGCCAUGCCUCUGCGCACCUAGUCCACCACUUCGACGAGGCAAAACAAAUGAACGGAAUCGCCGAGUUGGAGCAGGAUACAUAUGCCAUUAUAGCCUCUGAUUCUGUCUGGACGAUUAGCCUCGGCCAAAAUGGAGGUGCCUCUAUCCCAGAGCAUAUCGCGACAUUCCCGUCAGGUCUCCUGAAUGGGAUGGCUACUUUGGAUGGAGGGAGAGCGGUUGUUCUCUCGGAUUCGGAGCGCGGUCUUAUUUACAGACUUGAUAUGCAGACCGGUGAAUAUACUGUUAUACACCAGGAUAAGACGAUGGCUCCGGCCGAUUAUCUAGGCUUGCAGCUUGGGAUUAAUGGUCUGAGGGUUGCGCGCGAUUAUCUGUACUACAGCAACACUGCCAAGCGGCUUUUCUGUCGUGUUCGUAUUGACCUUCGUACAGGCCAGGCGAAGGGUCCGUAUGAGGUUAUCAGUGGAGGUGUUUUGUCUGAUGAUUUUGCUGUUGGACCUGGUGAUGUUGGGUUCUUGGCGGGUGCUAUGGAUAAUGUCGUUACCAAAGUUUGGCCUGAUGGAUAUCAUGAGAUUGCUGCUGGGUCGAAGAAUUCAACCCUGUUAAUGACUGCUACAUCUGCAGCUUUUGGCAGAGGGAAGAGUGAUCGUGGAGUUCUUUAUGUUACCACUGGCGGGGAGACGGAACUUCCUGUUAAUAGCACUGUUACUAGAGGGGGGAAGGUGAUGGCUCUUGCUGUCGACUCCUAUGUAUAA